AUGCUAUCCAUAGAUAAAUCGUACGUGGGAUCAUCGACCAAAACAUCGCAGUAUGCAUCAUCAAAGACACUUCUUUUUUGGAGGGCUUCUUGUUUGGAGGGCACUUGUUUGGAGGUAAAGGAUCUUGUUUGGAGGGCUUCUUCAGGCUGUUUACCUACAAAAACCCAGCUCCACUUGAGACAUGUGGAUGUGGAUACAAUUUGCCCCUUAUGCCAAUCGGACAGGGAAACCAUUUCUCAUUGUUUGGUUGCUUGUAGUCGGGUUUGGCCUUGCUGGGUAUGUUUGGGGCUUGGAUUAUUGGCUCCAGAUUCUGAGACGUUUGGACACUGGUUAAUGCAGAAUUUAGUUCGCCUAGAUCAAGAACAAAAAGCAAAAGUUUUUAUGUUGCUUUGGGCUGUUUGGAGGAGGCGGAACGAGUGGGUAUGGCAGAAUAAAAGAGGUUCGUGUUAUGGGGUUGUGCUCCUAGCCGAUUCUACAUUGCAAACAUGGAUCAAGGCACAAGAUUGUGAAAUUGCUCCCCUGCCCUAUUUCUUAUCGCCUGAAGAUGGUCGAGAAUUGUGGAGCAAACCACCUUUGGGAUCCCUAAAAAUCAAUGUUGAUGCAGCAAGUUUCAAUGAGGCUUCUAAGCAUAGUUUCGCUGGUAUUGCUAGGGACCACGAUGGUACCUUUGUAGAGGCUUUUUCUGUGUGUCGAGCUGGAAUCGUUUCUCCGGAGUUGGGUGAGGCGUUGGGGGUUCGCGAGGCUUUGAGUUGGAUAAAGAGAAGGCGUUGGGUGGAUGUUGUCAUUGAAACCGACAGCAUUCUGGUAGUUCAAGCAUUGCGGAGCAACAUUUCCAUGGACUCAUAUUUUGGAUGUGUUAUAGAUGAUUGUAAAGUCCUGUGGAAGGACCUGAAUUCUGUUUCAAUUGUUUUUGUAAAACGUUCUGCUAAUGGGGCAGCCCAUGCUUUGGCAAAGGCUUCUUCUUUUGUGGCUGAACGGGUAUUGGUUAAGGAGAAUAUCUCCUCUAAUGUGUUGGAUGUAAUGUUACAAGAUUGUUGCUAA